GAGUGUGUUUUGCUUCAGGAAUGUGGGAGUUGUCCCCACGCGCUUUACGAACAACCGACCUGUCCAAACAGUGCGCGCGUGGCAGAGGAUGUCACACCAACCAAAACAGCGGACGCUCGCUCACAGCACAAUCUUUGAUCCGUUAUUGGAGGAAAAUCCGCCGUACAGGGUAGAGUCGGGGCGGGGCGUAAUUACUCGGAGUCCCAUCUAUUUAGGGUCAAGUACAACAUUUUUACAGCCCUAAGCAGCGUGGGUUCAAAGUUUGUUUUGUGCCCGGAAACUGCGAGUCGCCCACUGGCCGCGGAGGAAGCGCGUUCAGAUUCGACCGUGUGCAUUGUUUGUGUGUACGUUACGUUAGUUAACCCACGGAGAGAAAAAAAAAUCCGCGCGGGAUGGAUUACAAAGCUGCGAUAGCCAGCAUAAUUCGUUAGCAUCUCGUCGACUAGCUCCUCCAGAGGCUCGAUCGCGAGUACGGGGCUGCGGUGCGGCUGGACGCGGAGCGAGGCGACCCUCUGCGGGCUGCGCUGCCGAGGCGGUGGGCGUGUUUUCUCGGCGUGCUAGCAUGUGAGCUGGCGCCAAGUUCUCGGCGUGAAGAAUAAGAAAGAAAAAAAACAAGAUUUACAAGUUACGGAUUGGAGAGAAGCAGCAAAAGUCACAUCACGCUUGAUCGGAAAAGUUGCACGCAGUGAUGGAGUCAGCUGUCAGUACAUCCACUCAAGUGCCAGAUGAGUUCGACCGGAACGUUCCACGCAUCUGUGGUGUGUGUGGAGACAAAGCUACUGGUUUUCACUUUAAUGCCAUGACCUGUGAGGGCUGCAAAGGCUUCUUCAGGCGCAGUAUGAAGCGGAAGGCCAGUUUUACCUGUCCUUUUAAUGGAAGCUGCACCAUCACUAAAGAUAACCGUCGCCACUGCCAGGCCUGCAGACUCAAGCGUUGCCUAGAUAUUGGCAUGAUGAAAGAGUUUAUUUUGACGGAUGAGGAGGUUCAGAGGAAGAAGGAGCUGAUUCAGAGGAGGAAGGACGAGGAGGCGCACAGGGAGGCGCAGAAGCCCCGUCUCUCAGAUGAGCAGCGCAACAUCAUCGACACACUGGUGGACGCGCAUCAUAAAACAUAUGACGAUUCCUACUCUGACUUCUCACGCUUCAGACCUCCAGUCCGAGAGGGUCCAGUUACACGCAGUGCCAGUCGAGCCGCGUCCCUCCAUUCACUGUCAGAUGCCUCAUCAGACUCCUUCAGCCACUCUCCAGAGUCAGGCGAUCGUAAGAUGAAUCUGAGUAACCUGCUGAUGAUGUACCAGGAGCAGGGCUUGAGCUCCAGUCCCGACUCAAAGGAGGAGGAUGGCUCCAGUCUCUCCAUGCUUCCUCAUCUGGCCGAUCUGGUUUCUUACAGCAUUCAAAAAGUCAUCGGCUUCGCUAAGAUGAUUCCUGGAUUUAGAGAGCUGACGGCUGAAGAUCAGAUUGCUCUGCUGAAGUCCAGCGCUAUAGAAGUGAUCAUGCUCCGAUCCAACCAGUCCUUUAGUCUGGAGGACAUGAGCUGGAGCUGUGGAGGACCUGAUUUUAAAUACUGCGUCAAUGAUGUUACCAAAGCUGGACACACUCUGGAGCUGCUGGAGCCUCUGGUGAAAUUUCAGGUGGGCUUAAAAAAGCUCAACCUGCAUGAAGAGGAACAUGUGCUGCUCAUGGCCAUUUGCCUGCUUUCUCCAGAUCGGCCCGGGGUGCAGGAUCACAUGCGAGUGGAAGCAUUGCAGGACAAGGUAUCUGAGGUUCUGCAGGCCUACAUCCGUGCACAUCACCCGGGGGGGCGUCUGCUUUAUGCUAAGAUGAUCCAGAAGCUGGCAGAUCUCCGCAGCCUGAACGAAGAGCACUCCAAACAGUACCGCUCACUUUCCUUCCAGCCCGAGCACAGCAUGCAGCUCACGCCUCUGGUGCUGGAGGUGUUCGGCGGGCAGGUCACCUAGCAGAUUCACCCCCGUCAGGAGAAGUGCUGCGGCUCAGACACACAGCGUGGAGUGGAGUGAAUGUAUGGACAAUCACCUUAAACACAUACAGAGUUUCCAGGACGAAGUUUGUGAGUGGUGUGUUUGUAUGUAUGUAUGUGUGUGUGUGUGUGUAUGUCAUUUACAGAUCGUUUAGGGAGUGCCAUAGGUGUUUCGGUUAGGUUUUUCGUGUUUUAGAAGGACGUACUUAUGGGAUCUUGUUUUUGCCAUGGAGUAUAAAAGAGAAAAGAUUGUAGUGAGUUUUUAUUUCACAAUUCUGAAUUAUUAUUUUUUAAAUUAAAAAGCAAUUCUGAAUUAUUUUGGGACUAUCUUCAGCUUAUAUUGUAUAUAACCGAAGCCCUGAACCAGCAAGGUGGGAAAAAAACAAUCUUGGUUGUUUUAACGUCGUAAUUAUGUUGUUAUAACGACAUUAAAUCUCGUUAUAACAAGGUAAGUUUUCUCUCUAUUUUUCCCCUCACCCCCAAGAUUGCUUUUUCAUCUUGAGGUUCAGGGCUUCCAUAAUUAAACGUCUUAUUGUAACUGUAAAAUAACAACUAAUUUAAUGUAACACUUCAGUGAUGGAAAGUCACUUGACCCACCCUAAAUUUCAAAUUUAGAGUCGGGCAUGAUGGAGCACUGGACAGAUGGAAUCAAAUUUGGAGGUGAAUAAAUGUAAAAACAAAAUGUUCUCUUAAUAGUCUCAUCAAUAAAAAAAUGACUAACAUAUAAACCAAAUAUGAUAAAUGAAGAUGCAAUAUUGGCAGUUAAAACAUUACAAAACGAUGCAUUGGUAAAUCAGUUAAUUAUAGAAUAUCAUGUCUUGUGAAAACUACUACUAGGCUAGGCUAAUAAACGCCUACAGUGUUUCACGGCUAUUUAUAGGUUACAUUUAAGGACAAAAGAUUAAUCUGAAACAACAAGUAAACACAUCAGUGCCAAUAUAAUUGAAUUUGCCUGGUAAAUUCUCAUUAUAAAGCUUUGAUUUCGGAACCUUAAAGGCUUUACUUAAAGCAUGCAGUUUGCAGUCUUAUUCUGCCAUCUAUUGGCUCAUAUAGAAAUUAACACAAUUAUGUCGAAAUAACAACUUUACUAUGUCUUUACAACUAAGAUAUUGUCUUUAUAAUGAGAUAUUAUGUCAUUUUAAUGACACGAUUAAGUCAUUAUUUCGACAUAUCUCGUUAUAACGAGAUAAGUUUUCUUUUUUUCCCUCGCCACCAAGAUUUACUUUUUUUUCACCCUGUGGUUCAAGGCUUCUGUAAUAUAUAAUUCAGACUUCUCUUCUUAAUGUUGGAAAUGUAUAUUUUUUUAGUUUUGAAGUUUUCAAUCUUGCUCUUUUCCGCAGUUUGCGGUUUAGACUUUUCACUGAAAAUGUUUUGUUUACUUUUAAAUUCAAUUUUACUUUUUAGUUUC